AACCUAGCCUGUCCCCAGCCUUUCCUGCAGGCUGAGGGGCAGCUGCUGCGGAAGAAUGGACCCUGGGGCUGGCUGCUUCUCCGAGGAGCAGUUCCGGGAGGCCUGCGCCGAGCUCCAGCACCCUUCACUUUCCGGGGCCAAAUGGGAGCUGCUUGUGGAGACGUUGGGCAUCAGCAUCUACCGGCAGCUGGAUCAGCAGACUGGGCUUUAUGAGUAUAAGGUCUUUGGCGUUCUGGAGGAUUGUUCACCAGAGCUACUUGCAGAUGUCUACAUGGACUUAGACUAUAGGAAACAGUGGGAUGAAUACGUUAAAGAACUCUAUGAAAAAGAAUGCAACGGAGAGGCAGUGGUCUACUGGGAAGUAAAGUACCCUUUUCCCAUGUCCAACAGAGAUUAUGUCUAUGUGCGGCAGCGGCGAGAGCUGGACUUUGAAGGGAAGAAGAUCCUUGUGAUCCUGGCCCGGAGCACCUCUGUGCUGCAGUUUCCAGAGAAGUCAGGUGUGAUUCGGGUGAAGCAGUACAAGCAAAGCCUGGCAAUUCAGAGUGACGGCAAAAAGGGAAGCAAAGUUUUUAUGUGUUACUUCGAUAACCCCGGUGGCCAAAUUCCAUCCUGGCUCAUUAACUGGGCUGCCAAGAGAUUGGAAUCUUAGGUUCCCAGCAACUUUAGAAAUUGGAAGACCAUCUCUCAACAGAUCAGAUGCCCCAUGACCUGCCACCAGGGGAUCAUGGAAUACUGGAAAAGACAUCAUUUAAAGGAUUAUCUCCAACAUAGAUACAUAGAUGGAGUGACCCUUACCACUUACUCUUUACUGAAACUAAAGAGAAUUGACUCUUGAAUUAAUAUUUCCACUUAGAAAGGACACUUGCACUGGACUGGCCAAUAGAGAGGACUGAUGGGGUCAAAAAUCACCUUGAAACAAUGCUCAAACAGAGGAAAAACUACCAGAUGAAGAUGAGAAGAAGAUGAUAUUGGAGGUAGACAGCUAACUCAAGCUGUGGGGCCUGGCCUACACACUAGUUACUUUGAUAAUUUCUCAUAUGUGGCUUAUGAACUAAAUGUUUUUCACAACCUUAUACAGAGAUAGUUAAUCCAGUUGUUGAGUUCGUGGUCAGUUAGCCAUUCAUACUUCUGGAUUACCUUGUUGGAUUUCUCCACUCCAAGGCCCUUAGGAAAUUAUUCUAGAAGAAAGAAGUUACAGGUUUGUUUAGGCCACUAUUGAUAUUACUGGAUGAGACUCCUUCACUGGGCCAUUCAACCAUACUUGCUCUGACCAUCACCAUAAACAUAAAUGUUCUUUGAGAUUUUCUCAAGCUCAAUCAGAGCAACAGGCAAAAUUUCGGCCUAAGAAUAUAACCUCUCCAUUUCCAGUUUGGGAUUUAUAUGAGUAAUGCCAGACUAUGAUCAUUUGAGUUUAAGGCUCCCUUUAUGUUGGGAAUAAUUAAAACAUACUAAGGAUGACCAGCCUAAUAAUACUGGGGAAUUUGGAUGGAUGCCUUACGAACAACACCAAUAUAUCAUUUCCUUUAAAGGUUAGGAUUGGUAUAGAACAAAUUAACUCGAAUGACCUAGGGAUAUUCGAGUCCACACCUAAUGGAAGUUCCUGGCUUAAAUUCUUACUUAUAACCUUGCAAAUACUACUAGCUAGAUUACUUGUAUUCUGCCUAUGUUAUAAGAUUGCUGUUUCAUGUGUUACCAAGUGUGUGACUGAGCCUCUGACAAAAUGGUGACUAGACAACUUGAAGCAGUUGACCAGAGAGAUAGUUUUAUAAAAGAUCAGUGAUGAUAAUCAGGUAACUUUACAUAUGGAAAGAAGCAAGAAGAAUAAUUUUCUUGAUCAUAACAGACUAGAAGACAGAUUGUCAGACACUUUUGGCAAUGGCUAAUAGGGCCUAGUCUAGUAAUAGCACACUGAGGGGCCUAUCAACAAAAUCUUCCCCUGACCUAGGAAUAAGCAUUCCUAGUACUGUGGGACAAAGUGAUCAUUAAGUGCCUCCCAAGCCAUGGUCCAAUUUAUGACCAUGAGGGGCAUUCCCAACUAAAAAUUGUCACUUGCCAUCCGGUGCUACAAGAAUGAAGUCAUUACCCACUGCAGUCACUGACCUUCAAACACACCCUGGAAGGAGUUCAGGAUGGAGGUCAGGAAUGAAGCACUCUGUGCUCUGGGAAGAUCUGGCUGAACAGACCUUCAGAUAGAUGUUUUCAGGAGAUUUUAAGAUCUUCUCAUAUCUAGAAAAGCACUAAACCAUUAUUGGAGACAUCUGCUCCAAAUGACUAGCAGCAACCUUCUGGUGACUGGCAGUAACCCCCUGCCAAAGUGUGUGCUUGAUUGCACGCAUCCCCUUUCACCUCUGCCUCGUCUGAGCAGUUCUUAAGAGCUAUCUGAGGGGCUAGCUCUCUUCUGGGCAAUCGUCAUCAUUUUGCCCCAAAUAAAACUUAACUUACAACUCUCA